AAGUUGGUUUUUCAGUUCGUUUCAACAAUUCCUGUCGAUUUGUACGGAGCUUCCUUUUAGGAGCACGCGAAGUUCAGUUCGGUUCGGUGCAAAAUUGUGACCCAGCAGUUUAUUUCAAAGAAAAAUUGCAUCAGUGAGUGAUGUUUCCCCCCUAAGUGGAGUACUGGAUAACCCCUUAGCCCUGAAACGUGUUCUGCUCAGUUCUGUCAGUGAUUCAUAGUUUAUUUUUUUAAUAUUGAUCCAACAUCCUUGAAACUAUGGUACAGCGAAAAGUGCAGUUGCUCAAAAAAACAGUGGAAUAACCCAAGAAAUGGAAAAUCGGUUCGCUUCUCUGUUACUCUCGUAUGGAAUAACUGGGAGCCCCCCUGUUGUGGAGUUAUAACCUGGCCGCCAGUGAAAGUGUAGAAUCUGCACAGUGACUUAUCGGGAAAAGGAUAUUCGGAAACAGACCUUGUGCCCACUCUCUGACACUCGUCGCACCGCCUCGGGUAUUGCUGAGUUGAUUGAUUUUAUCUUCUAAAUUAAUCCGGUUGUGUUUUUGUGUGGCCUUAUGUGUUACCUAAUUUCCCAUAUGAGUUUAUUGUUUACCAUCCUUGAAAAUGGAAAGACCGAGAGGUUCUAGGUUUUACACGAAAAGAUCGGAACACUACAAUAAUCUGCAGAAGCAAGAAGAGGAAAAAUUGAACAAUAACAAUAACAACAAUAAUCUCCAUCAGGGCGCUACCCACCAACAUCACAAUCAUCAUCAGCCUCUGCACUCCAGCGCGCAGCAUCAGCAGCAUCUCCAGCAGAGUCCGCAUCCGUUGAAGGACAACUCCAACAUUCAGCAGCGCCAAUCGUCGGUAGUGAAGAUCGAACUUUUGCGCAAUCCUCAGCCGGAAGCGCAGCAAGGCGGUGCUAGGUUAAUCAAAACCGGCGCCCAGUCUCCAGCGGCGGCUUCGACUGCUCCGACGCAACUGUCGCCUCAUACAACUCCCACGAGUGGAAGUCCUUCGACCGUUUCGCACCUUCGCUCCAUCCGUCCAUUCCCGGCAUCUACAGCCAGCAGUUCGCACAGUUCUACAACAACCACUUCCAGCAGUACAGCCACUGCCACAGCCGCCGGUGAACGGCCCCUUAAGUGUUUAGAGACUCUCGCCCAAAAGGCCGGAAUCACUUUUGACGAAAAGUACGAUCUUCCCAAUCCAACGCUGGAGAAGUCACAGAGUCCGGCGCAGGUGGCACAGCAAACGUCGGUGCCCCUGCAGCUGUCCCAGGAACAGCUGUUCCAGCAGUUCCAACAAUUCCAGCAGGCCUUCUCAGCCGGUGCUACGAUUCAGGUUAAACAGGAGUUUAAUCCCCAGCAGCAACAGCAAUCGAAUGCCGGCGGUGGCUUGGACCAGCAGCAACAACAUCAACAACAGGUGCAACAAAUGCAGGUCCUAGAGGCCAGUGGUGGGGCUCCCGCCCAGAGUCCUCACCAUGCGCAAAACGCUCAAACUCUGCAACAACAGCAGCAACAGUCGGCUACUAUUAACACAAUGUCCCCCCUUCAGGCAAUGGCCGCUGGUCAACAACUCUCCGCCGAUUGGCAGCACGGCCGCGUCCAAGUUCUUCAGCAGCCCAUUCAAAACCAAUACCUGCAGCAGCUCUACGGCUCCCAGCAACUAGUUCUCCACCCCGGCAUUGGAGGCCAGCAACAGAUUCAACUGAUUGCUGCCUCGAAACCAUUUCAGGGAACUCCACAGAUGUUAACCACCCAGGGCAAGCAGGUAAUCGGAACUGGAGCUGGCAAUUUCAGUGGAGCCUAUGCCCUGCCAACCAUCCCUUCGAGCCAAUCGCAAACGCUGCUAUUCAGUCCCGAUGUUCAGAAGCAACUAACGGUAGCUGCUGCGGCUGCCGCUACCGGCCAGAAAGUUCAGCUGCAGAAAAUUGGCACCAGCAUUUCGGCCGCUGGUCAGCAGCAAAAUGUCGCCACUCUCACGCAACAGCAAGCCGCUGCCGGCCAACAGUGCGUUCAGGUUUCACAAGCAACGAUGCCUACUGCCCAGUUGUUAAGUCCGCUGCAACAGCAGGGAGCACAGCAGAUGCAAUUUACAGCACCCUGGCAAAUGGGCCAACUAUGGACUGCCAACGGUCUUCAACCGCAAAUUUUAGCCUCUAAUCCGAUCAUUUUCCGUGGAACUGGUCCCGAUGGAAGUAGCAAUAUGUACAUUCAACCGCAGCAAGCACUGCAGCAAGCUGCUGCUCAGGCCCAUAAUCAAACUUUAACACUGCCAUGUACAAUAGCCCAGCAACCUCAGCAAACACAACAACAGCAACAGCAGCAGCAACAACAACAACAGCAGCAGCAACAACAAGCCCAACAGCAGCAACAGCAAAACCAACAGGCACAGCAGGCCCAAGCCAACCAACAACAACAUCAGCAGCAGCAGCAACAACAACAACAGCAGCAAAACGCCCAACAUGCUCAACAGCAGCAGGUCAAUGUGGCAAACCAACAACAAAACACUAACCAAGCUACGAUUCAGCAGAAAACGGCUGGCCAUUUGGCUCCAAAGACAGUCCAGCGACCGCAGAUAUUGCCGCAGGGUGCAUCACCGAUUCGCCCGUCCGCGUCUACCCAAACGGUUCAGGCUCAGCAGAACUUGCUCGCUAAAGGAGGCAAGAUUCGUACCAAGCAGCAACCGGUGCGUCCGUCCGGGCCGGUCAUAAAAACAGCCGAUCUAGCCUCUGCUCAGGCUAAAAUCGGCCAGCAGCAGCAGAUGCAGCAGGUCGUAACCACCGGUGGAAAAAUGGUUCUGAUGAACACAGGAGGUCAAAUUAAUCCGACAUCUGUACUAAACAUUCAGCCGAUGCUGACCAAUGAUAAACAGCAGCAAUUGCAUCUCCAACAGCAGAUAAAAAAUGCUCAACAGCAACCACAACAGCAGCAACAGCAACAGUUGUUGCUUCAGCAACAGGCAAUUCAGCAACUGCAACAGCAGCAUGCCCUCCAGCAGCAACAACAGCAGCAUCAACAACAACAGCAAACACAACAGCAGCAAAUUCAACAACUGCAACAGCAGUUCCUUCAACAUUCGACUUCUCAAAACCAAAACAACCAGCUGGUGACUGGCGCUACCGCCCCUUCUGGGCAACAGGCUCAAAUAAUUCAAACAUCUGCUGGUCCCCAGCAAGGAAACAUACUGCAACAGUUUGUCUUCCAGCAGCAAGCUCAGCCUAAUCAGUCGGGUAUUUCUAUGAUCAACGUCACAUCUUCGGAUUCUAUUCUGCAACAUCAGCAGCAACAGCAGCAACAACAACAACAACAGCAACAGCAGCAGCAUUCUCAACAUCAGCAAUCGCAAAAUCAGAACAUGACCUCAAAGGGACCCACCCAAAUGAUCAUCACCAGCCAGUUGCCACAGGUUGGUGACCGUACCAGCAUUGCACAGUCACAAACUCUGCAAAUCGAGCGAACAAUUUUACCGGUAGUUUCGAUUGCUGGAAUGACCUCCGCUCCGAUUGUUGUUUCCAGCAAUGGAACAACUAUUUCGCCUAUUCACCAGCAAGGGCAAGCUGCUCAGAUGCAAGCAAAUUCCCAAAACGCAACACAAUUGGCGCCAGGGGCAACGCAACAGACAUCGCAGAUUCUCGUAUCAACGAUCCCGUCUUCUGUUCAUCAGCAGCAUCAGCAACAGAAUGCGCAGAACCCUAUUGUUGCGAUGACAUCUUUAUCCGCGGCAAUGAUGGCCGUUAGCUCGAUCACUGCCACUCCGGUGUCAUCUAGUAUGAUUACAACGAGUUCCACCGGAGCGACCAAUCACACCCCGGUUGUUUCCACUUCCAUUACAACCGCACCAACAUCGAAGGAAAGUGCCGAUCUUAAGGCAGCCAGCGUUGCGAUGCUUCAACUCCAGCAUCUGUCCACGCCGCAGAAGCAGAUACAGCAUCAGCAAAUGUUGGAAAGUAUGAACGCGGCUGCAGCAGCUGCAGCGGCAGCUGCUGCUGCCGGAUCUACUGCAAGUCCAAUGCAAACUAUUGGUUCACCUAGCCAAACUAGCAAUAGUAAUGCGUCCGGUGGCACAUUCACUGUCACGAUGCAGCGUGCAGCCUCGAUGACACCCACCCAGUCUGGCACCGGAAAUCGUUCCAACGCUGGAACUCCGAAUGCGGUCGAACAACAGAUGAACAAGUCUACGCUGGGGCAUCAUACACCGACCAAGAUGGUUGGAGUGACGUUGGCCGAUACGACUGCCAAGGAUCGGUCCAGCGGUGCCGAUGGCGCCACGAAAGAUUCCGUUCAAAACACGGCUGCCGCAGCGGACAGCGCAUCGGAUGCGCAAUUGAACGCUCCAACGCCGAUGGACACUUCGUUGCCAGUAGCUCCGUUGGCUCCCUCGAACACAACAACACCAGUAGCAGCGGCACCACCAGCAUCGUUAGUCUCCACAGCUUCCUCGGUGUCCAUCUCGCAGUCGACAACAGCGCCAGCGCCAGCAGCAUUGGCACAACCAGCUGUUGCAUCGUCAGAUGAGCCGGCAGGUGCAGUUAGUACUACAACCACAGCGACACCGCAGACAACGACAACUACAAGCACACUUACCACAACCACCAGCAGCAGUCCGUCAGUACCGUCGCCGGUGACUAACACAAGCAGCGUCACCGCCGCUACAACCGUCCCUGCGCCACCACUCAACAGCAUCAGUCAGUCCAAUGGGCUACCGUCGACCACCGGUACAACCACGACCGUGGUCAGUGCAACUCCAACGUUGGCCACUGCCACCAACACCAACAGCAAUACUACCGGCACGUUGCCCCAAAGUAAGAUCGGUACGACGGAUAAGGGUGGACUGCCUAAGGCCAUGAUCAAACCGAACAUCCUGACCCAUGUCAUCGAAGGUUUCGUGAUACUGGAAUCGAACGAACCAUUUCCGGUCCAGCGGCAGCGCUAUCCCGAUUGGGACACCAGCGACGAACCACCGAAAAAACGCACCACCACCGAGGCCAACUCACCGCUUUCCCCCAGCAAUACCCAACCGAACCACGCACCCCAAUCCGACAUGGGCAACUGUGAAAUCUGUGGCAAACCGGAGCUGCGCAGUAAGAUGAAGCGGAAACGGUUCUGCAGUGCCGACUGUGCCCGGGCGGCCAAGCAAAACAGCACCGACCACGUAACGUCGCCGUCCCACAAUGGCACCACCGAAUCACAGCCUUCGAGCACCGCUACUAACAACGGAUUCGAUCAUCACGGUGCUUCGGUGACUACAACCGUCAAUCCGGUGGCACCGUCCAACAUCAAGCUGGAACGACUAGAACCGAUGGAGCAGUCACCGUCCGUUCAUCCGCCUCAAUUCGCGGCCACUCCAGUUGAAACCGGUGCGGCAACCAUUCCGUCCGCUGCGGCACCAAGUCCGGUUGUUGCGGUCGCCGGCGGGGAGGAAGCUUCGCUUGUGAUGAAAUGGACCGUUCAAGAUGUGCGAGACUUUAUUAGGAAUCUACCUGGAUUCGGAAGCUAUGCGGAAAAUUUUGCUGAGCAGGAAAUCGACGGGGAAGCGUUGAUGCUCCUAGAAGAAAAACAUCUCAUUAAUGAAACGAUGAACAUGAAGGUUGGACCUGCUGUGAAAUUUUUGGCCAAAGUGCGAUCGAUGAUUGCUAGCACUAACCCAGCGGAAGGUCAACAACAGCCGCAGCAGAAUCAACAGCAGUCGUAAAGCUGCCGCUAUUGUGAUUCGACGUUGCGUUUUUUUAAUAGACUGUACUUUAGUUGGUUUCUCUAACUGUAAUUGUUGUAUUGUAAAUAUUGCUUUAUUGUUUAGAACCUAUUUAGUCGUGCUAGUUUUUUUUUUACAGCUAAAAUCAAACAAAAAUUUCUGUAGAUCAACAAUAAGGUGGCAUUUAGAGGGCACCAAUUAGGCAUAGAUGUGUACGUAUUCAGCGUUGAUGGCUGCUUCACACGAACAGCCAUCGAAACUAAUUUAUUAUAUAAUUUAGCAGAAUGUCCUGAAAAUCGCAAGAAAAUCUCAUCACAGAACAGAUUCAAGAGAUGAAAGUGUAAACUUUCUCAUUGGUGUAAAUAUUGUUUAUUUGUAUUUUAAUAUUUGUUUGACUAAUUUCAAUCUAUAGAUUCAAAAAAACAACUAAUAAGAAAGCAAACAUUGAUGAAAAAAAAAAACUAUAAAUAGACUAAUCACGCAUCGAGAAGCAAAUCAUUGCCAAAUUUUUAUAGUAAACCCACUUUAUCAGGCUUCGCUGAAAGAGCGGCAGAAAAUGUAAAGAAAGCAGAACACUGAUUCAUAAUUUUCCUCGGUAGUACUAGUAUUGCGAAAAUAUGCGAAUGUAAUUCACCUAGUAAGAAUAGAAUAAAACUUUGAAAACCA